GCUGACGGAGCCAGUGCAGCUGGAAGGAAAAGCACUGCAAGCAGGGAGCGCUUGAAGCGCAGCCAAAAGAACACCAAGGUGGAGGGCCCAGAGCCAGUCCCAGCUGAGGCCUCGCUGAGUGCCGAGCAGGGGACGAUGACAGAGGUGAAGGUGAAGACAGAGCUGCCUGAUGACUAUAUCCAGGAGGUGAUCUGGCAGGGUGAGGCCAAGGAGGAGAAGAAAGCAGUCAGCAAGGAUGGGACUGGCGACGUGCCUGCUGAGAUCUGUGUGGUGAUAGGUGGUGUCCGGAACCAGCAGACCCUCGGGUCAUAUGAGUGUGGAAUCUGUGGCAAGAAGUACAAGUAUUACAACUGCUUCCAGACCCACGUCCGGGCACACCGAGACACUGAAGCCACUUCGGGGGAGGGAGCUUCCCAGAGCAACAAUUUCAGGUACACAUGUGACAUCUGCGGGAAGAAGUACAAAUACUACAGCUGCUUCCAAGAGCACCGAGAUCUACAUGCGGUGGAUGUGUUUAGUGUGGAAGGUGCCCCUGAGAAUCGGGCAGACCCCUUUGACCAAGGUGUCGUGGCCACUGAUGAAGUGAAGGAGGAGCCUCCGGAGCCAUUCCAGAAAAUUGGGCCAACGAACAAUAUUACAUCAGACAUUUUUAAGAAGAAAGAAGUUAGGCAGAGCCAAAAGAGAGAAACUGGCAAUUAUACCUGUGAAUUCUGCGGGAAGCAGUACAAGUACUACACGCCCUACCAGGAGCAUGUGGCCUUACACGCACCCAUCAGUACCGCCCCUGGGUGGGAGCCGCCAGACGAUCCCGACACGGGUUCUGAGUGUUCACAUCCAGAGGUCACCCCGUCUCCACGCUUCGUGGCAGCGAAGACCCAGACGAACCAGUCGGGGAAAAAAGCUCCGGCCUCCGUGGUCCGCUGCACCACCCUCUUACACCGCACCCCUCCAGCCACCCAAACCCAGACGUUCCGCACGCCAAACUCGGGAUCUCCAGCAAGCAAGGCAACCGCAGAAAGCGCUUUCAGUCGGAGAGUAGAAGGCAAAGCACAAAACCACUUCGAAGAGACCAAUAGCAGUUCACAGAACUCCAGCGAAACUGCAAGUCCCCUGAUUUCCAAUCCUUUCCCUCUCCUGCAGAAACCCUACACCUGCGGCGCCUGUGGGAUCCAGUUCCAGUUCUAUAACAACCUGCUGGAGCACAUGCAGUCUCAUGCAGCCGACAAUGAAAACAACAUCGCCGCCAACCAGUCCCGGUCCCCACCUGCUGUGGCGGAAGAGAAGUGGAAACCUCAGGCUCAGAGGAACAGCCACAACAACACCACGACCAGUGGUCUAACCCCCAACAGCAUGAUCCCAGAGAAAGAACGGCAGAACAUUGCAGAGCGGCUGCUGCGGGUCAUGUGUGCCGACUUGGGUGCUCUGAGCGUGGUCAGUGGGAAGGAGUUCCUCAAGCUGGCCCAGACCUUGGUAGACAGUGGUGCCCGCUAUGGAGCCUUCUCAGUCACUGAGAUCUUGGGCAACUUUAACACGCUGGCACUGAAGCACCUGCCACGUAUGUACAACCAGGUGAAGGUGAAGGUGACGUGCGCCCUGGGCAGCAACGCCUGCCUGGGCAUUGGGGUCACCUGCCACUCCCAGAGUGUGGGCCCAGACUCCUGCUACAUCCUCACAGCCUAUCAGGCUGAGGGCAACCACAUCAAGAGCUACGUGCUGGGUGUGAAGGGUGCAGACAUUCGUGACAGUGGUGACCUGGUGCACCACUGGGUACAGAACGUGCUGUCCGAGUUUGUGAUGUCGGAGAUCCGGACGGUGUACGUGACGGACUGCCGGGUGAGCACGUCCGCCUUCUCCAAGGCCGGCAUGUGCCUUCGCUGCUCAGCCUGUGCCUUGAACUCGGUGGUGCAGAGUGUGCUGAGCAAGCGGACGCUGCAGGCCCGCAGCAUGCAUGAGGUCAUCGAGCUGCUCAACGUGUGUGAGGACCUGGCAGGCUCCACGGGCCUCGCCAAGGAGACCUUUGGGUCACUGGAGGAGACGUCACCGCCUCCCUGCUGGAACUCGGUAACAGACUCGCUGCUGCUGGUGCAUGAGCGCUAUGAGCAGAUCUGUGAGUUCUACAGCCGGGCCAAGAAGAUGAACCUCAUCCAGAGCCUCAACAAGCACCUGCUGAGCAACCUGGCCGCCAUCCUGACACCUGUGAAGCAGGCGGUCAUCGAGCUGAGCAACGAGAGCCAGCCCACCCUGCAGCUAGUGCUGCCCACCUACGUCCGGCUGGAGAAGCUGUUCACGGCCAAGGCCAAUGACGCGGGCACUGUCAGCAAGCUGUGCCACCUCUUCCUGGAGGCGCUCAAGGAGAACUUCAAGGUGCACCCGGCCCACAAAGUGGCCAUGAUCCUGGACCCACAGCAGAAACUACGGCCUGUGCCACCCUACCAGCACGAGGAGAUCAUCGGCAAGGUCUGCGAGCUCAUCAAUGAGGUGAAGGAGUCCUGGGCUGAGGAGGCCGACUUUGAACCUGCCGCCAAGAAGCCCCGCUCUGCCACUGGCGAGCACGCCACAGCUCAGGAGGACGACCGGCUGGGGAAGAAUGAAGUGUAUGAUUACCUGCAGGAACCCCUCUUCCAGGCCACCCCCGAUCUCUUCCAGUACUGGUCGUGCGUGACCCAAAAGCACACGAAACUUGCCAAGCUUGCCUUCUGGCUCCUGGCAGUUCCAGCUGUGGGGGCUCGAAGCGGGUGUGUAAAUAUGUGUGAACAAGCACUUCUGAUCAAAAGGAGGCGACUGCUCAGUCCAGAAGACAUGAACAAACUCAUGUUUCUCAAAUCCAACAUGCUUUAAGACAUUACUUCAGAAAAAAAAACUUUAAAAAGCAAAUGAAACAAAAAGAAAAGAAACAUUAGAAAAAAACCACACAACACUGUCACAAAGAAAAGGAAUUUAAGUUCUAAACACUGUGGACCUCAUUAUAAAUGCCCCCUGGAAAUUAAGUGCUUUUUUAGUGUGUGUGUGCAUGUGUGUCCACACCCACACGUGUGCACAAGUGUCCAAGCGCACAGGCCAUGGAUGUAGGGUAUGGAGGGUUUCAUGUUCACCUGCAUGGCCAGAGAAGCCCGCACACACAUGCACACACACACAACCCUGGUGCAUAUGCACACGCCUGCUUGCAGACUCGUGUGCAUUGAGCUGGGUGUGCCAGGAAAGCCGAGCAACUGGGGAAGAGGGAGAAGUUUCGCCUUUUCUCUGGCAGGGGCUCUAAGGACUCCAUCUUCAGGUGUGCAGAUUGGGAGAAGCUUGUGAAAUGUUGAGGCAGCUGAGAUCUGAAGUGACUUGAGACUCCCUAUUCUCUACCCCCGACCCCUUCCUCUCCAUUACCUACGUCCCCCUAACCCACAGCGCCCCCACCUCCUGCCCCGGCUGCUCUGCCACGGAUUCUCCAAGCUGCACCAGAUGGACAGUUUCUGCACUGGACUUUGUUUCUCGUUCACCUUCAGGGCAUUGAGCUGCUGCCUCUGUGACUCCCCUUGGGUGUCCUGGGGCAGCCGCCUUAGAAACACACCUAUCUAUCUCCCAAAUCAG